AUAUUGUUUAAAAAUUCAGUUAAAAUUUAAUCAUAAAAAUGUAAGUACAGGAUUCGCCCUGUACCUCAAUUUUAAAACGAAAAAGUUUGAAUUUGUAAUUAACUGGCAUUUCAAAAACUUUUUAUGUCUUAAAAAUAAAAAAUAAACUGUUUCACUGGCGAAAGAAAAUUAAAAAUUCAGUUAAACUUUUGUGAAAAAAUAUUUAAAAAUAAAUUAAUUUAAAAUGGUUAAAAGGACACGUGAUGCGGAAGAAGGCAAGAAAAGAAAAAUGGCACGAUCGCGAUUUCGAAGUUUAAUACGAAGUGUCUCGUUAAAUCGGAUAUGGCUGGUGGAUGCUGCUGAACAAAAAUUAUCAUUAAAUGUCAAAAAAAAUAUUGCUAUGCUUGUGAGGACCCAGCGUAAAAUAGGUCUACUCACAAUGGCAGUAAGUUUAAAUUAUGAAAAAUCGUUGAUUAGAACGCAUCAUGCAAUACGCACUGUUGAUGAACGAAAACAAUUAGUGUCUUUGAUGUCUGGUCUAAAUUGUUUCAACAAAAUUCCACCGAAAGUUCGUGCUCGAUUAGCUAAAUGUGUAAAAUUUAUGGUAAUUGGCCCUGGAAGAACACUAAUUAAAGAAGGUGACUGGCCAAUGAUGGUAUAUUUUAUUCUUACAGGCGAAGUUGAAGUCAGCAAAAAUGUUUUUGAUCACAUACAAAAUUGUUGGGUAAAUCGAAUAGAAAAGAUUUGUGGUCCUGGAGAUUGUUUGGGUGAUGCCGAAUUAAUUGAAAGAAAUAGGCGAAGACAUACAUACACUACAACAAAUGUGGUUGAACUUUUGGUCGUAUUUGAAGAGGACUUCGAAUUGGUAUUACGGCCUGUAAUGGAACAACAAUGGAUAGAGAAGAAGAGUGCAAUAAUGGCUUUAAAUUAUUUCAAUUUUUUUACUACUGAUCAGAUUACAAAUGCUUGUAAAUUAUGUGUGCUACGACAAUUUGAGCCUCUGGAAACAAUCUACUACGAAGACAAGGGCCAGAUGAGUUAUGUACAUUUUGUCAUUAGUGGUGAAUGCAUGAUAUUGCAAUGUCUCAAAAUGGUGGUUAGCCAGAAAAAUGGAGUUAAAGCUUUCGAUCUAACUGACAUAGCCAAAGAAGGCUCCAAAUCAAUAUUUCAAGAUCUCUCGAACACACAAGUAUUACAGAUUUUAAAAGAUGAAAAUGGUUCUGUGAAUAGAUCUGCUUACGAUAUUAAUGAGAUCAUUGCAUCCGAUGACAAUGAAACUAAUAAGCAAUCUGCCAAAAGUCGUGAUUUUAAACAGAUCGAUAUUAAAAGCAUGGAAAUAAGAUGUGGUUUAGCUGAACCGAGCUAUCGAGGAUCUGCCGGAAGUCAUACACAAUUUUCAGAAGUAAAUAACAAUAAAAUUGCUGACAAAAUUGAAAUUAAAGCGGAACAAUCCCGUUGCCGAAAUGAGCAAAUAGUAGACAUCGAAGACUGUGAAAACAUAAAUGGUAAAGCUGACACAAGAAGCAAUAUUUCUAAAGAAGAAGAAAUCGCAAGAAAAGAAGAUGUACCUGAAAUGCGAUCCAGUAAAACUGAAUAUUUAAAUACUUUUUCAAAUCAAAAAUCUUUCGAUAACCAGAGUCAAAGAGAAAUUGAAGAAGGAUCCAAUAGGAAUGGCACGAAACGAUUUACUUUACAAUCAUUACGGGAUUCAAUACGCGAAUCUUUGUAUGGAUCUUCGAGUUCAGCAGAAAUUCAGUCACAUCAGCGUCCUACUGGAAAAAUUGAAAACCACUUUAUUGAUGUGGGCUCGCUUACAUUUGGAAGUAUUUUUGGCCUUGGUGAAAAACUGGAGCACCGUGUUAUAAUGGCUCGUACAACUGUUCAAUGCUUGAUGAUACCUCGAUUUUGGCUUCUUGAAAAAGAUCAAAAUCCUGGUAAUAUUUGGCAACGAAGACGAUUUUAUCUGGAUACAACCAUUCCAUCUAGACAGACGCUAUUUAAAGAUUUUCUAUAUACUCGUCAGUGGCAGAAAUUUAAAACAAAACUUAUUCAAAGUCAUUUAAAUCCCAACUCAAUUGCUAAUCCUACUCGUGUCCAAGAUAUACCAAUAAUAUGUCGUAUAGUAGAAGCACGUGACGAUUAAUUUUACAUACAUAUACAUAAAUACCUACAUAUGUACAUAUAACUCAAUAAAUAUGAUUUUUGACCUACA